AUGUCGAGGGACGUCGAUACACCGCCGCCAGCGCCGUCGCCUCCGCCGCCGCCAGCGCCGUCGCCGCCACUUCCGCCGGCCCAGCCUUCGCCGCCUUCUCAGCGGACCCUGCCGCUGUCGCCUCCAUCGACGAGUGAGAUCCUAGAUACUAGGCCGGUUUCUCCACCACUUGACGACGAACACGAGGCUCCAUCUACGAGUACACCGUGUAACUCACCAUCACCUCCGACGGCUCGUCAGACAGGAAGCCCGUCAUAUUUCUAUGUGGGGGAGAAAAGGGACAAUCGAAGACCAGAUACUGUCGACCCAGCAGGGCAUGAGCAUCCGGCUCCACCGAUUGCCGGUACCUCGGACGAGGAUGAAUUCCAAGAAGCGAUCGAGGAACCUCGACCAGGCGAGCCUCAUAGGGAUCCACCACCAGUGGUGAACCCCAGAAUAAGAUUGCGUAACCGUCCCAAGGUCAAUUAUAAAAUAUAG